AUAUGCUCACACCGCCAAACCCGGUUUAUUUCCUACUCGUUUUUUUCUUCUUUUACCAAACGAAAUCUCCAUUCGAUCUGCUUGCAGGCUUUGGAUCCUCUUACAUCUCCAAUCUCUUUGGAGAAAUCGAGCGAUUACACGAAAUGAGUUUUCUUACAAUCAUCGAAUUCCGUUGAGAUUUGCCAGAAAAUUACAUUUCACCCAUCUUUUCUCAGAUCUCACCUCUCUCUCUCUCUCUCUCUCUCGUUUCAUUUUCGCCGUUGUCGGUGGAAGUUUUGUUGAGAGAAAUCAAUGGUUUUGCCCAUGGAUUGUAAUUGAUUGAGUUUUGGAGAUAACUGGCAUCGGAUUCUUCGAAUUUCGAUAGAUCCUGGACUUUGCUUUGCCUGGUAUGGCUUUGAAAUCGGAAAUCGAGAGACCCUUUUUGGUAUCUUAUGUCGGGAGGUGAAUUUGGGGGUACGGAUUCCGGAAGUAUGUUUUGGAGGGAAAGAGAUAGAGAUAAUAAAGAGCUGAAUGGUGGCGGCCCGCCUUGCGGACAGGUCCGGGUCCUUCUUCUGGGAGACUCAGGUGUAGGAAAAACAUCACUUGUUCAUCUGAUUGUUAAGGGUUCUGCAAUUGCUCGUCCUUCUCAAACUAUUGGAUGUACAGUUGGUGUAAAGCACACCAGUUAUGGAAGCACUGGCAGCUCAUCUAAUAGCAUCAAAGGUGAUGUGGAAAGGGACUUCUUUGUUGAACUCUGGGACAUUUCAGGACACGAGCGAUACAAAGAUUGCCGAUCUCUUUUUUAUUCACAAAUUAAUGGCGUUAUAUUUGUUCAUGAUCUUUCCCAAAGGAGGACGAAAACAAGCUUACAGAAGUGGGCAGCUGAGGUGGCAGCAACAGGGACAUUUUCAGCUCCUCUAGGGUCUGGUGGGCCUGGUGGACUUCCUGUUCCAUACAUAGUUAUUGGCAACAAAGCAGAUAUUGCCACUGAGGGAACAAGGAUAAGCAGUGGCAAUCUUGUUGAUGUUGCUCGGCAGUGGGUUGAGAAGCAGGGCUUACUUCCAUCCAGUGAAGAACUUCCACUGACAGAAAGCUUUCCGGGAAGGGGAGGCCUUAUUGCCGCUGCAAAAGAAGCGAGAAUCGACAAGGAAGCAAUAAUGAAGUUCUUCCAUAUGCUGAUCAGGAGAAGAUACUUUUCAGAUGAACUGCCCGCACCAAAUCGAUGGUCUGUGAUGCCAGUUCAGAAUUCUUUCCACCGCUCAGGGGAGAAUGUUGGAGGCGAGAUAAGUGAUGAUGAUCAAUUCUACAAAGCUACAAGCAGCCUAAGCAGCGAUUCCUACAAUUACAAUGCAUUCCCUCCACUUCCUGCUCAGCGCAAUCUCACACCGCCUCCCACUCUCUAUCCACAGCAGCCAGUGUCCAUAUCUGAAAACUAUAGUCUUCCGAGAUUUGUUGCAGCUGGCUCAGCAGAUAAUGGGAGCACAAAAUCAAAGCGAGCUGACAUCAACGUCUGAUUUAUCAAAACUAUGCACCCAGAAUAUGGAUGCUAAGGCAUGCAGUUAAGGCGAUCAUUGUGAAAAAAAGACACUGCAUUUUGUGUGGUUUUUUUUUGCCUUGUUUGGAAUGCCUCCCACUAUUACUCUGUCACCGGUCUGUUAUCUCUUUGCAAUUGAUUCGUUCAGGUCUCUGUGGAUCGGUUGGAUGUAUAUUGAUUUUUUGAUUUACUGAAACAGAAAUCAAAUGUGAUAUUUUUCCUCCUAUUUUGGCUGGAGAACAGAAACAUGAUUUUAUUCA